CUUCCUCUCAAUUACUGGCCCAUUCCAUCUGGGUGCCCUCUUUCCUGUCCCUCUCCAGUAUAUCUGUGCUGUAUCUACUAGUGCUUUUUAUAUUUCUUUCUCCCUUCGAAUUAGGGUUUCUUCGAUUCCGUCUCGAAGAUGAUGCAACCAGGCGGUGUCGUUCCUCCACCCAUGGCUCCGAUGGAUCAACAACAGCACCACCACCACCAGCAGCAACAGUACCCGCCGCCGCAACAGCAGUGGUUCAUGAUGCCUCCUCAGCAACCUCCGGUUCAGCCUCAGGAUCCUCAGGUUUGGGGCCAGCAGCAGGUGUCGGCUCCACAGCAUUCUCAGCCUACGCAAUAUGGAAUUGCGCCUCCGUCGACUGCUGCUUCACCCGGCUCCAAUGAGAUUCGCUCUCUGUGGAUUGGGGACUUACAGUAUUGGAUGGACGAGAAUUAUCUUUCUUCCUGCUUUUUCCAUACUGGAGAGCUUGUUUCUGUAAAGCUUAUUCGUAACAAGCAAAGUGGUCAAUCAGAGGGCUAUGGCUUUCUUGAGUUCAGGAGUCGUUCAGCGGCUGAAAAUGUUUUGUUUACGUAUAAUGGCACAUUGAUGCCGAAUGUCGAGCAACACUAUCGUUUGAAUUGGGCUACUCUUGGUGCUGGUGAGAGGCGUACCGAUGACUCUCCUGACUACACAAUAUUUGUUGGGGACUUGGCUGCUGACGUGACAGAUUACCUUCUCCAAGAGACAUUUAAAGCUGUCUAUUCGUCAGUUAAAGGCGCAAAAGUUGUUAUUGAUAGGAACACUGGACGGUCCAAGGGGUAUGGUUUUGUUAAGUUUGGGGAUGAGAGUGAGCAACUCCGUGCUAUGACAGAGAUGAAUGGUGUCAUAUGCUUAACCAGGCCCAUGAGGAUUGGACCAGCGGCUAACAAAAAACCUGCUGGCGUUCAGCAAUAUCAGAAAGCUCCCAAUCAGAAUACUCAAGGAAAUGAGGGUGAAAGUGAUCCAAAUAAUACAACAAUAUUUGUGGGUGGAUUGGACCCAAGUGUGACAGAUGAGAAUUUGAGGCAAGUAUUUGGCCGAUAUGGGGAAGUUGUACAUGUAAAGAUACCUGCAGGGAAGCGAUGUGGUUUUGUUCAAUUCACUAAUAGGGCAUGUGCGGAACAAGCAUUGGAAAGCUUGAAUGGUACACAGUUGGGAUUACAAAGUAUUCGACUUUCAUGGGGGCGUAGUCCUUCCAACAAGCAGUCGGAUCAACCCCCGUGGAAUGGUGGAUGCUAUGGUUAUACACAAGGUUAUGAUGCAUAUGCAUAUGCUCCACCUCCGCAAGACCCAAAUGUAUAUUAUGGAGGUUACCCUGGAUAUACAAAUUACCAACAGCCGCAGCAGUGAUCUAUUGUUGCAAGUUGCAAGCCUUGGCAGUCUACGCAACUUGGUAUAUGAAAGCCUCAGAGAUUGUUCAGGGUAUUUGCUUGCUAUUCACGCUCGUAACAUGUCCAAUCAAGAGAGUUGCGGUAUUUGGCUGAAUGAUAGUUUGCCGUUAUGGGAGGGCUAAGAACCAUAUGUGCUCUUAUAUAUUUCGUUACUUUAUGACUCUCCAUCAAUUUGGGAGCUGUUGGGGCGGGCGGGCUUGUUUCAUGGUGAUGAAGGUUUACAGUAUUGUUAUUAUGUCGAGGAUUUUGACUGGUUUAUCUCUAAUAGUGACGCUUAUAAUGCUUGCCAUCCUAAAUCUAGAAUUAUUGGUUUAAGUAUUGGUGUUUGUGGCUCUC